ACUCAACCACUGCUUAUCUCAUCCUGUUAUCUAUUCUCUUAUUCAACUCAUCUAUACAAUUCAACUUUUACUCCUUCAGUUUCUUAAUUUGUACUCUAAUGGCCGACAGCCAAGCCAAACCAACAUGGGAAGAACUCCUGGGACUCAACAACUGGGAAAGCAUUCUCGACCCUCUAAACCUCGAACUCCGGCAACUCCUCCUCCGCUGCGGCGACUUCUGCCAAGUCACCUAUGACUCCUUCAACAGCGACGAAAACUCCAAGUACUGCGGCGCCUGUCGCUACGGCAAGGCCUCUCUAUUCCGCAAAGUUUUUCUCCAAAACGGCUCCGACUACGACGUCGUUGCCUACCUCUACGCCACCUCUCGCAUCAGCGUCCCACAGGCCCUUUUACUCCGCUCCCGCUCACGCGAGUCCUGGGACCGUGAGUCCAACUGGAUGGGCUACGUCGCCGUAACGACAGACGACGUGAGCAAAGCCCUCGGCCGCCGAGAAAUCUACGUGGCCUGGCGUGGCACCAUCCGAGACUACGAAUGGAUCAACGUGUUGGGGGCUGAUCAAGAGUCUGCCAAGCCUUUGUUACGGCCAGACGAUAGUAAUGACGAUCGAGCUCGGGUCAUGAGGGGUUGGCUUACGAUAUAUACGUCGGAUAAUCCAAAUUCCCCAUUCGUGAAAACAAGCGCACGAGUUCAACUUUCGACCAUAAUGAAGAACCUGAUAAACAAGUACAAAGACGAGAAGGUGAGCGUAGUUAUCACCGGGCAUAGUCUCGGGGCAAGCCUUGCGAUUAUAAGCGCUUUCGAUAUAGUCGAAAACGUCGUCGAGCCAAAUAAGGACACUCCGGUCACGGCUUUCGUCUUCGGAUGCCCUCAAGUGGGGAACAGAGAGUUCAGAGAAAGAGUACAAAGUCAUCAGAACCUCAAGAUUCUCCACACCAGGAACACCAUCGACCUCAUAACACGGUAUCCAGGGCCGUUGCUUGGCUACGUGGAUAUAGGGACAGAGCUGUGGAUAGACUCUAGAAAGUCUCAGUACUUGAAGCGGUCGAUGACCACAGGAGACUGGCACAACUUGCAGGGAAUUUUGCAUGUGGUAGCGGGUUGGAAUGGGAAAGAUGAGGAGUUUGAGCUCAAAGUGAAGAGGAGCGUGGCUCUGGUGAACAAGUCUUCGGGGUUUCUCAAGGACGAUUACUUGAUUCCAAGCUCCUGGUGGGUUGAGAAGAAUAAAGGGUUGGUGCUUGACCAAGCUAGUGGGGAGUGGGUUUUGACUCCACCUGAUGAUGAAGAUUUGCCUGUGCCUGAGUUUUGACUUUCAAGUAGUACUGCAUGUAGCUUUAUAUUUGUUUGCACCUAAACUUUAUUAAUUUCUAAACUUUUAGCCCCCCGCGAAAUAAAGUGAUGGCUAUGUGAGAAACAAAUGUUGAUAUUGUGUUUUUUAUCAGAAAAAAAAAAUUGUCAAAUUGACGAACAUCUACAAA